AACAUAUGCUUGUGUUUUAUUCAUUAACAAGAUAAUUAUUUUCAUGUAAUGUUAUGUUAUUUGGUUAAUCCGAUUAUCCGAUUAACCAAACUAAUUAAACUUUGGUUUGGUUAAGACAUUUUAUUCCAUGGUUAAUGAAAUUUAGGCUUAAUUGGUUUAGUUAUUACCACGACAAUCAUUUGAACACCCCUACUUUUAGGUAGUUAGUCAAUGAUUACCUCCCUCUUUCUCUCUCCUUCUUCUAUUGGCUGACAAGGGUUUAAAAUCCUCCUUAAGAAAUAAGGCUUAAGGACCAGAUCAAACCGGGUUCAUAUGAACGUGAUAGAGUUACCUCGACUAUGUUAUAAGAAUAGAGUUUGUAAUGUGACUUGAGUCCACUUGAAAUAGCGACUCCUUAAUUUUAGACAUCCAAAUUGCCAGAUAAAUAACUGAUAGUAUGAUCAAUGAUUUAGUCGUGAAAUAACUAGUGUAUCUCAAAUAGACAUAUUUCUAACAUUGACCAACAAGAAUUUUGAUAUUUAGCCAACAAGCCUAUAAAUGAUUGCUUAUUAAUAUUGUGAGAUCAUUCAUCUUAUAAUCCACAACUACAAAUGUUAAUACGCGUGAAGGCGUUAUUUGUUUAAUCACUCGCCGAUGGUAAGACAGCUUAGUUGGUAAAAGGGUUGGAUUUCGAGUUUGGGAUGUGACAAGGUCCCAGGUUCGAAUCCCAGUACCACUUUCUUGGUGUUCCCCAAGGCACCCUUGGUACAGGAGACGAACCGGUGCUAAUGCUAUAUCGGGUAAGCCCAUUUGGCAUUUAACCGAGUUGGGUCACCAAUCUCCCUAAAUUGUCCGGAACCAACGGUAUGGACAUUUUCAUAGAUAGGAUAAAGAGAACAAGAAAAAAAAUAAAAGAAAGGAGCCCUCCAUGAUCUGUCCCUCUGUCUCUUUGUCUGACUCAAUCCGCCAGUUUCGAGUUUCGACCCUAUCGCAAGAAAGGGAAGGGAAGGGACGCAGCAGCAGCAGUCCCACUCCUAAAGCAAACAAUCAAACAGGCUUCUCUCCCCCGCCUUUCGCUUUCCCCUUCCUUUCACAAAUCAAUAAAACCCCCACCAGUCCACAACGCCCUUCCCAUUUCUCUCCAAACACCCUUCCCUCUCCUCUCUUGCCCCAUCCUCGAAUCCCUCUGCCGUCUUUCAUUUACUUGGGUUUAUCCACCCCUCUCAACCUACACAAAUCCUCUAUUAGCCCAGCCUCCCAUCCCAUUCCUCUCAAAAACCCAUUCAUCCCUCGAUUAAAUAAGACCCAAGAUCCCCUGCCGCCUUUUCCCAGUUAAAACAGAGAAGGGUCGUCCUGGUCGCCAUCGUCAUCGUGAAAGGCUCGGUCCAAGCUGCCGGGAAUGGCAGCUGGGUGGACUUUUUUGGUGCUUCGUUUGUUGCCAGUUCUCGUGCUGUUGUUUGGAUCGGGAUUCCAUGAAACGGUGGCGUUUCGAGGGGUAGUAGCCAGGACGACGCAGGGGCCGGGGGAGAAGCAGCAGCAAGUGGACCUACUGCAGAAAUGGCCCAACCACAGGAACGCAUACGCGACGAUGAUGUACAUGGGGACUCCCAGAGACUACGAGUUCUACGUCGCGACUCGAGUUCUCCUCAGAUCCCUCGCCGCUCUCCGGGUUGAAGCCGAUCUCGUCGUCAUUGCCUCCCUCGACGUCCCUCUCCGCUGGGUCCGCGCCAUGGAACUUGAGGAUGGAGCAAGAGUGGUGAGAGUGGAGAACGUGAACAACCCAUACAAGGACCAAACCAACUUCGACAGGAGAUUCAAGCUCACACUAAACAAGCUCUACGCAUGGAGCCUCGUCGACUACGACCGCGUCGUCAUGUUGGACGCCGACAACCUCUUCCUCCGCAACUCCGACGAGCUGUUCCAGUGCGGCCAGUUCUGCGCGGUCUUCAUCAACCCCUGCAUCUUCCACACGGGUCUCUUCGUCUUGCAGCCAUCUGACGUAGUUUUCAAAGACAUGCUUCAUCAGGUGGACGUCGGGAAAGACAACCCCGAUGGUGCAGACCAAGGCUUCAUCGGCGGAUACUUCCCUGACUUGCUGGACAAGCCACUGUUCCGCCCUCCCGCCAGUGGGUUAGCCGUCAAUGGGUCGUAUAGGCUUCCUCUUGGUUAUCAAAUGGAUGCCUCUUACUACUAUCUCAGAUUGAGGUGGAAUGUCCCAUGCGGGCCUAACAGCGUCAUUACUUUCCCUGGUGCGCCAUGGUUGAAGCCAUGGUACUGGUGGUCGUGGCCCGUUCUGCCUCUAGGCAUCCAGUGGCACGAGCAGCGCCGUCAGCAUCUCGGAUAUGGACCAGAGAUGCCAAUGGUGGUGAUCCAAUCAAUCCUCUACCUCGGCAUAAUAGCAGUCACCCGUCUCGCAAGGCCUAACCUGACCAAGCUAUGCAACCGCAGAACCGGCGACAGAAACAUCUCCUUACUCCAAUCCACCCUCAAGCUAAUUAUCUCCUUAUGGGCAAUCCUCGCAGCGUACAUAGUUCCAUUCUUUAUCAUCCCCUGCACUCUUCACCCCGUGCUGGGAUGGUCUCUCUACUUGCUGGGCACAUUCGCUCUCUGCUCCAUCGCCAUCAACGCCUUCAUGCUGCCGACGCUCCACGUCCUGAUGCCGUGGAUGGGAAUCUCGGGGGUCCUGUUCGUGAUGGCGUUUCCUUACUACCCAGAUGGUGUUGUGAGAGCUUUGUCGGUGUUCGGGUACGCCUUCUGCGCCGCACCAUUGCUCUGGGUUUCGUUGAGUAAGGUCAUGGCUAGCCUCCAUCUUGAGAGAGAAGCUUUUUUUCCUAAGCUUGGGGAGUCAUCUUCGCCGCCUUCAGGGUUGAACAAGCUUUGUUGAAGAGGACGGAAUGAUGAUAAAGGGGGAAGUCAGAGUUUUGGAUAGGGCUUCGUCUUUAGUUCUUCUGAACUCGUCCUCUGUAAUUCUUUGAUUGUUGUUGGGGACUUGAAAAAAUUCAACUACGUACUGUGAGAUGAUGAUAGAAAUGUUGUAUUCAUAUAGAAGAGGGAGAAAGGUUCUACGUUUCUCAUGUAAAGCUCUGCCUGGUUUUGUAAUGGACUAUUGUCAUCAUCACUGCUGUAACUUCCUUCAUUAGCGGUAGCAAGGAAUAGAAAGGAAUGGCUGGUUGCAGAGACUUUUUUCUUGAGUGUAUAUUUCUUUAGUUUGGUGCAUUUUUUUGAAACUGAAAGAAGCAACAAAAGUCAGAAAUACAUGAUGGAGCAAAUGUACCACAAUGUCUUUAAGUAUAUUUCACUGUUGCAUCAUACUUGCCAAGAGUAUUGCUCUGUCAACUAUGUCCAGUAGAAUAACCCAUUGGCGUUUCUUUUCGGAGUCGUUUGAAUGAGUAAUUUGAUUUUGAGGAAUCUAUAAGUGAAUUGGGUCUAAAUCCCUCACUUAAAAAACCAGAUGUUUGUCUUGUAAUUACAUUAGUGCUAGGGUUAGAGAAGAAAAUGAUGAACAAAAGAAUUUUGCAGGAGCUUAUAUAAGGAGGGUCAACUGUUGCUAGAAGUAGGCUCUCGCCCUCUGACGUUAACGAACUCACUGUUGGUGCAGAGUUUGCUACUCUCGCCGGUCUCAACUUGCAGGCUGCAGCCCAGAGGUGGGCGCAGCGCAGAUUGUUUUUUUCUGUCUGCAGUCAGCCUAGCAAGCAAGAAAUGGGCCGGGCUUCUGUGGGCUCCGGGGGCCAAUAUGGGCCAACCACAUAUAGCCCACAAGUACGUUGAUUCCUUUCUGUUUCUGGGGUUUAGCCAUUGAUUAUUGUGAGCCUUUGCCAACGAAGAGAGACAGAGACUAGAGAAGAAAGCUGGGGUCCGUCGCCGUCGUCAGGCUCCAUCAAGCUUGUCAAACCGGUUUGGCAAGUGGAAUAGUACAACCGGUGAUAUAACCAGUUUGUGCCGGUUCAUGCCGGUUUAAAAAAAUAUUAAAAUAAUUAAUAUCCAAUGUAUUUAAUCAUAUAUAAAAUAUAUUUGUGGAUAAUUUAGUUACAAUCCAACAAAUAUCAUCAUCUUUUAAUUAUUAUAUUCAUAAAAUGAAUAAUAAAUUCAUUUUUUAUUCAUUAAAUUGAUUAAAAUGAUAUCUUUAAACUUAGAAUGCGUAAGUCGAUCAUACCGAACAUACCAGUGGUGUCAUGCCGGUUGAACCUGGUUGAACCGGGUGGCAUGCCACCGGCAUGAUAACCAUGGGCUCCACCAUAUAUGGCAGAACCAGCAGACCCAACGUUCGAAAAGGUUUGGAUGCCUUUUUACUGCUGCAUCUUUGAGAGUCGAGGAUGGCGACAAGACGAGACAUCAGGCCACCUGGGGCCCAUUACCAUUGGCAAUUUCGGGACCAGCAACAACCCAGAGAAGAGAGGAACAGAGAGGAGAAGAGAGAUAAUUAACGGUAACGUACGUACUAAUUAACACAAGGAUAAAUAAAAUAAGGUUAAAUCCAUGCCCUAGACCAUAAAUCGUGAUAUUAUUGUUGUUGUCUGUUGAAGAAGAGGAACCAGCGUGUAGAAAGGUGUCAGUCGUCUCAGCUUUCUGUUAAUGGCUGCCAAUCAGUACCCUGAUAAUUAGAACUAAUCCCAGCACAGGAUAACCUUGUUUUUGUGUUUCGCAUAAUUAUUUAAUGAUUGCAUGCCACUAAUUAUAUAUAAUUAUAAUGUAGCACACCCUCUUCUUGUUUAGAAUUUGUCUAACCUGUUGAUCUUUUUUUUUUUUUUUGUAGAGUUGGGCUAGUUACUAGUGGUAAUAUUAGAAUCUGAGCAUAUAUCACACCAUAAAAUUUGAAAUUUGGAUCAACAAUAGGAGACAUUUUUUUAGUUGACAGUUCUUGGUAAUAAAUCUGGAUGGAUACA